GGCUCUGGGGUUUUCAGCUUCACGCAGCAAGGCGGCCUCGCAUGCAUGCGCAAGCCCAGUCGGGCCUCGCCGCUCCAGGGAUGGGCGUCAAGGGUCUGCUCAAGGCGCUCUCGGACAUCCAGCACGACGCUUGCGCGUCUGACUACAGAGGCCUGAGGAUGGGGAUCGACGCGUCGUGCUUCCUGCACCGUGGUGUGCACGGCUGUGGCGAGGCACUUCUGGACGGCCAGGAGGGCGAUGCCCCGCUCUUCGGGCCUCUGCUCGAGGUCUGCCGGGCGCUUCGGGCCGCCGGCGUGGAGCCGCUCGCGGUCUUCGACGGCGGCCGGCUGGGUGCCAAGCGCGGGGUCCACGCCCUGCGGCAGCUGAAGCGGGAGGACAACACGGCCGUUCCUGGCUGCGUCGGUCAGCGCAUCUGUGCGGUCUGAUCUGCGGGCCCCG